AUGUCGAGAGUGGCCGAUGAGCAGCAUGCGUCCGGCCGAAGCCCGUUUGAUGGCCGAGAGCCGCGUUUCGGCACUUUCCGCGGGGAGGCAAGCUUGGCCCAGGUGCAUCUUCAAGACGCUCCCUCGGCAUGGACUUACGAGCGACGUGCGAGCGUCAAAUUGGCUAAGUCCCAGCUUCGCACAGUUCGUGCGUCGUUUGAGAACCCGUCCUUGGAACCAAAGGUCCAGGCCCCAUUCGAGACACGGCCGGGAGAGAUUCCUCGCCGAAUACAGAUCGAGCGCAAGCGCCGCCUGUACUUGCAGCAUCGAAUAGAUGCACUCCUGCUCGAGCGUGGUAUCGACCACUCACAACCGCCAAAAAGCGCGCUGGCCUUCCUGAGUCCGUCCAUACCCCCGAUGCCGGUAGAGGUGUUCGACAACUAUGACUUUGAAGUGAGGAGUCCCGAAAAUUGGCUGAGUCUAGCGCAAGAUUCAGAAGGGAAUGUCGUGGGGCUACCGGGGCGGGCCCUCUUCCUGCAGCCGGAUCAAACGGGGUCUUGGCGGGAGUGUAAGGUGAUGGACUACGAUGCCAACAGCGGAGAAUGGGUGGUGGAAUGGCUAGAGGGGACAACAAAGGAACGAGACACGCAGCAAAAGCUCCCCCGGCUGAGCGUGUACCUCAAGGCGGAGGACCCGUUCAACUUUGCCGACCGUGUGGCGAAUGCACACGCGAGCAGGGAGGAGGCUGAACUGACGAUCCUGUACAACUUCUACAUCGAUUGCAUGCCUUCUGACGACAUGGCAGAGCUUGAGGGCGAGGAGAUAAGUCGCAUUACGGCUCUAUGUUCAAGGGCCUGUUCAGCGGAAGGUAGCACAGGUGACAUGCCCGGACUGAUGGAGGAGGUCAACGUUGAUUACCUUCGCACCAUGAACAAGAUUGUGUUGGGGACUCAAACGAAGGAGGGAACCGUGUACAUCGGGUUCGAGGAUUUCCAGGAACGGUCCCGAGACUUCUGCUUCAGCUCGUUUCUCACCAAGCCGGAGAUAAUCAAGAUCGUUGUGCAGAUUCGAUCUGAGUGCCGGCGGGUGUUGGAUCUGAGCCUCUUCCACAUGGUUCCAAAGUCGGUCCACUUGGAAGACUUCGUGUCACUCCAAAAUCAGGCCACGCAAACGACGAGCCUAGACCUGAAGGAGCAAUGGGUGAUCAACAUCGUUAACUUCAUCCGUCACCACUUGAAGGACGUAAAAAAGGGCUGGUUCAACCUAGAUGAGACUUCCAACGAGGUGUAUGGGUUCAGCAAGCUUCGGCGAUUCUUGGCGUACGUGAACUUCAUGACCCAGGACACUCUCAGAUUCCUCGUCCAGGCCAGCUUGGAUGAGUUCGUCAGAUUCCUGCUACGCGCCUGUCUCCACGACGCGAGAAUCGUAUCCUCCAACAAGGUCGUCCUCAAGAUACCGAUCCUGCCUGACAGACCUUCACAGGAAGACCAAACAAAGACAAGCUCUCCUGUUCCAGGCCUACCGCUUGAACCUUCUCCGUCUCCGCGCGGUGGGUGUAGCUCAGGCAGCGAUAGCAACGACGACGGUUCUCAACGCGAAGAAGAGGGGGAUGGGGGGGGAGAAAGCGGGGGAGGGGUGGCAACAGAGGCAACUCCUCCCGCGCCGAAUUUCCCCGACGAGGCUGCCCCAAUUCCGCAAGUUUGGAGCGAAGGGCGGACGGUAUGGAAGGGGGACACGCUUCGUGCGCUACGAGCGCCCCUGUUCGUGGUGGAGAUUGCGGUGGUCGGGGAUAAGGGGAGCGAGGUGUUUGCGUACUCGCAACGGCUUCCGGCGGUGAAGGAGGCGGCGCUUGCGCUCAUUGACAAGGCGAUUGCUUCAACGCAGAACAUGGUUCGUGUGGAGCGGCGCGUGAUGAAGAAACUUUUCUGGUCUCAUGACCCCGUCAUGUCUAGUGUCUACUCGUCAGAGGACUGGGUGCAGCACCUCAGGGAAACCGUGGCCGUGGCUUUGGAUAGGGCUGUCAAACCGGCCACGGAGUAUCUGGAGACCUUGGAACCUUUUGUGGAGUUCUUGAACGUCGACGUAAACGAAUAUCUGUGUGAGACGGAAGCGGCCAUGACCAAGGCCGAGACGGGCGAGUUUCUGUUCGAUGACCUGCGUCAGCUGGCGGCAAACCACGCGCAACAGAAGAUUGAGUUCGAGAAGCUCAUCCCCGAGAACAUCUCCCUAGGGCUGUUUGUGGUGAGCAUGAGCAAGAUCCGCCAGCGACUGUCGUCCAAGCACCAAGACAUCGCCGAGCGACUGACCUUGAUGCUCACCAAGAGCGUUAAAGACCAGGCACAGACCACCAUCGGGAGCUUCGAGACUAUUUAUCGUCGACUUCAUGCUCCGAUCGAGAACAUCGAGCAGCUGACAGAGAUGCAGGAGUACAUGGCCAGCACGGCGAAUAUGGUGUCGGAGCUUCAGGGCAGCAUCGACACGACGAUGAGUGCCUUUGACGUGAUCGGAACGGCAAAGACCCCGCUGGACGAUACCACCAUGUCCAUGAAGUGGGAGGUCUUUGGAUGGCCCCAAAAGAUCGCCGCUAAGAUCCAGCUGCGUGAAGUGGCCAACGCCCAGCUGAAAUUAAGCUACCAGCACGCAAUGGAAGAGGAGCAGACAGAGUACGUAGAGCGCCUCAAGAGCUUACAGGACCAGGUGAACAAGAUGUCUCACUUUACAGACCUUUCGAAGGUGGAGCAAGUGAGCUCAAUGGUGCGCAGGAUGGAGAAGGACAUUGAAGAGUGCUCCGACCAGGCCAUCCUCUUCAACUCCAGGGAACAGCUAUUUGCCAAGGAAACAACAGAGUAUGACCUCCUUGCGGACGUGCAAAAGUCCUUCGAGCCGUACUGCGACCUGUGGAAGAGGGUGGACGACUGGAUGACCUGGCAUAAGGGCUGGAUGAACGAUUCUUUUCUGUCGCUUGACGCCGAAGAGGUGGAGAAGAACGUGACCGUGGUCUCGAAAGCGCUCAUCAAGGCAGGCCGCUUCUUCGAGGCGAACGGUCUGGAAGGUUGUUCCAAGAUUGCCAGCUCUGUCAGAGAACAGGUGGAUGAAUUCCUGCCCUUUUUGCCCGUGAUUACCGGCUUGCGAACGGCGGGAAUGAGGGACCGUCACUGGGACCUACUCAGCGAGAAACUCGGGGUAGACUUGCACCCGGAUGACAGUUACACUCUCACCAUGGUAAUCGAACAAGAGCUGCACAAGAACGCCGAGGUAAUCACCAAAGUCAGCGAGACAGCGAGCAAGGAGUUUGCGAUCGAGUCGGCUCUGGACAAGAUGCAGGGGGCCUGGGCGACGGUGAAGCUCAACACGGAGGAAUACCGAGAAACAGGAACGAGCAUUCUGAAGGGCGUCGAUGACUACAUGUCGCUCCUCGACGAGCAUAUCACCAUGACGCAAGCCAUGACCUUCAGCACAUUCAAGGGGCCGUUCGAAGAACGAAUUGAGAAUUGGAACAAUACCCUACAGGUGGUGAGCGAGCUCAUCGACGAGUGGCUCGCUGUGCAGCGCAACUGGCUAUACUUGCAACCUAUCUUCGACUCGGAAGACAUCAACAAGCAGCUACCCGCCGAGGGAAAACGCUUCUCGAGCGUCGACAAGCACUGGAGAGCGACAAUGGCUUCUGCUGGGGGGGGUGCCUUGUGCAUCAGGUUCUGUAACGACGCAAAGCUGUUGGACAAGUUCCGCGAGAGCGCCAAGCUGCUGGACAUGGUGCAGAAGGGUCUGAGCGACUAUCUCGAGACCAAGAGAGCGGGUUUCAGCCGAUUCUACUUCCUGUCCAACGAUGAGCUGCUCGAAAUUCUCAGCCAAACGAAGGACCCGCUGCGAGUGCAACCACAUCUUCGGAAGUGCUUUGAGGGCAUCAAGACGGUGGACUUUGCCGACGACCUGACCAUCCACGGCAUGAUCUCAUCAGAGGGCGAGAAGGUACCCUUCAAGGCGCCGGUGGACCCGAACGGCAAGAACAUCGAGAACUGGAUGGUAGAGGUUUGCGACAUGAUGUGUGCCAGCGUAAGGGAGCAGAUGAUGCUUGGAGUCAACGACUACCUUGUCAUCGACCGGACGCAGUGGAUGCAGAACUGGCCCGGACAGAUUGUGCUUAACGGAUCUCAGGUGCACUGGACUGCGGAGACAGAGGCGGCGAUGCUGGAAGGUGGCAACGAGGGGGUACACCGCUACUACGAGCAGCUCAUCGGGCAGUUAAAUGACAUGGUGUACCUCAUCCGCGGACAGCUUUCGAAGAUGGCUAGGGUCACCAUUGGGGCUUUGGCCGUCAUUGACGUCCAUGCUCGCGAUGUCAUGAAAAAGAUGGCGGACGCGGGUGUUGCGGCAGCGACGGAUUUCGACUGGGCCUCACAGAUGCGUUUCUACUGGAGGGGCGACGACGAAACCGGCCACCUCAAGGUUGUCAUGGUGUCGAGCGAGAGGCAAUACGGCUACGAGUAUCUCGGGAACUCCUUCCGUCUGGUGAUCACCCCUCUCACGGACAAGUGCUACCUGACCAUCAUGAGUGCGCUGCAGAUGAUCCUUGGCGGCGCCCCGGCGGGACCUGCGGGUACGGGGAAGACGGAGACGACCAAGGAUCUGGCGAAAGCCUUGGCCAAACAGUGUGUCGUGUUUAAUUGCUCCGACGGACUUGACUACCUCGCCAUGGGGAAGUUCUUCAAAGGGUUGGCAUCUUCAGGAGCAUGGGCGUGCUUCGACGAGUUCAACCGCAUCAACAUCGAGGUGCUGAGUGUGAUUGCCCAACAAAUCAUGACCCUCCAAGGAGCUGUCCAGCGAGGGGAAAAGCGGGUUAUUUUUGAGGACACGGACAUUUUUGUGAAUCCAGACUUCGCCGUGUUUAUCACCAUGAACCCCGGGUACGCCGGCCGGUCGGCCCUGCCCGACAACUUGGAGGCGUUAUUCCGUCCCGUUGCCAUGAUGGUGCCGGACUACGCCCUGAUCGGCGAGAUCAUGCUUUUCAGCUUCGGCUACCUGGAAAACAGGAAGUGCGCCCAGAAGAUGGUGGCAACUUUCCGGCUUUGCUCGGAGCAGCUGUCCGCGCAGGACCACUAUGACUACGGCAUGCGAGCCGUGAAGACUGUCAUCUCCGCCGCCGGGAACCUCAAGAGGGCCAGUCCGGAGGCCAACGAGGAGGCGUUGCUCCUCAGAGCGUUACAGGACGUGAACGUGCCCAAGUUUCUGGCACACGACCUGCCCCUGUUCGGCGGCAUCUUGAGCGACCUGUUCCCCGGCAUAGAGCGCCCAGCCUUUGACUAUGGGCCGCUGCUGAACUCGCUCAAGCUGGCCAUGCAGAAUCAGGGCUUACAACCGGUACCAAUCUUCCUGACAAAGGCCAUUGAGCUGUACGAGAUGAUCUGCGUGCGACACGGCCUGAUGGUGGUGGGACCCACGGGCGGAGGCAAGAGCAAGAACAUCGCUGUCCUCAAGGAGGCUCUCACUCAUCUCAAGCGACUGGGAGUUGAGGGCGAGCGUUACGAGAAGGUGGAGACGUUUCACCUUAACCCCAAGUCCAUCACAAUGGGACAGCUGUACGGCGAGUUUGACGACAACACCCACGAGUGGCAGGACGGUGUGUUGGCAGACUUGGUCCGCUCGUGCGCCCGAAAGGAAGUGCCGGAUCUCCAGUGGGUGCUGUUUGACGGCCCGGUGGAUGCUAUCUGGAUUGAGAACAUGAACACUGUGCUCGACGACAACAAAAAGCUGUGUUUAACCUCGGGAGAGAUUAUGUCCCUUUCCGAGCCGAUGACGAUGAUGUUCGAGCCGGAGGACCUAGCUGUCGCCUCCCCUGCCACGGUGUCCAGAUGCGGCAUGAUCUACAUGGAGCCUAAGAGCCUCGGGUUCGACCCGCUUGUGCAAUCCUGGCUCGUGCAGCUGCCAGAUGUCAUUGGUGCCGGUGAAAGGGUUACGCUCUCUCGGUUGUUCGACACGUACGUCGCGUCAACUCUAUCGGCCCUGCGGCGCUUCUGCUUCGAGCCUCUGCCGUCGGUGGACGGGUGCCUUGUGCAGGGUCUGAUGAACAUCCUAGAUUGCUACUUCGAGGAGUUCCGGCCGUUCGAAGGUGUCGUUCGGAAGACCCCAGAGGCCACCGAGAACCUCAAGAAGAGCGUGGAACCCCUCUUCAUGUUUGCUCUGGUGUGGUCGGUUCUCGCCACGGUCGACCGAAAGGGCCGGGAAUUCAUGGACCAAUUCAUCAGGGGCGAGAUGCGAUCAAGCGGUGCCGCCAAGCCCUUUCCCGAGGGAGAGCUGGUUUACGACUUCUGCUUCGACCAGGAAACGAUGGAGUGGGUCCCCUGGAUGGAUACCGUGGCGCCCUACAAGCACGACCCCAAACUGGAGUUCUGUGAGCUUAUCAUCCCCACGGUAGACAGCGUCCGCUACACGUAUCUCCUCAAUCUCCUCAUCGCCGGAGACAAGCACGUGCUCAUGACAGGGCCGACCGGCACGGGUAAAACUGUCAACGUGGUGCAGCACCUCCAAACCGGGGUGUCCGACUCGUUCGUUCCUCUCUGUCUCGCCUUCUCCGCACAGACUUCGGCGAAUCAGACCCAGGACCUGAUCGACGGCAAGUGUGAAAAACGAAGGAAGGGCGUUUUCGGCCCCACCGCCGGGAAGAAGUUCAUCCUGUUUGUGGACGAUGUGAACAUGCCAACAAAAGAGUUCUACGGCGCGCAGCCUCCGAUCGAAUUGCUCCGACAAUGGUUCGACAAUGGUGGCUGGUACGACCGCAAGGCCUUGCAAUUCCGGCAGAUCAUUGAUGUUGUCUUCGUGUGCGCCUGCGGACCCCCGGGCGGUGGACGAAACCCAGUGACGGCGCGUUUCUUCAGACACUUCAACAUCGUCGCGUACACGGCUAUGCAGGACGACAGCAUGACGCUCAUUUUCCGGACAAUUUUCGGAAAUUUCUUGGAAAGGUUCUCGGCGGAAUGCAAAACCCUCGCAGAGCCCAUCGUAGCCGCCACUGUGGGAAUGUACAACACUAUCCUUGCGGAUCUAAGGCCCACCCCUGCCAAGAGCCAUUACACUUACAACCUCAGGGAUUUGUCCAAGGUUUUCCAGGGCAUGCUGAUGAUGGAUCACCGCCGAGUGUCAACCGCUGCCGACCUAGCUCGCGUCUGGGUGCACGAGACACGUCGCGUGUUCGCUGACCGGCUGAUCUCCUACGAAGACAAGGACUGGUUCGAGGACCUCGCCAAGAAACAGGGGGCGGAGCACCUGGGGCUAGACUGGGAUGAAACUAUCGGAGCGCCAGGAACAAAACGGAGCUUCCUCAUGUACGCCGACUUCCUGAUACCGGGGGCGGAGCCGAAGAUUUACGAAGAGGUGAAGGACUUCGAGAAUCUGCAGAGCACCGUGGAGGAGUACCUCGGAGAGUUCAACGGCGAGAGCAAGCAGCCAAUGCAUCUGGUCAUGUUCGGAGACGCGAUCGAACACGUCUCCAGGAUCAGCAGAGUAAUACGGCAACCGAUGGGAAACGCCCUGCUGCUCGGGGUGGGGGGAUCUGGACGGCAGUCUCUGACUCGCUUGGCAACAUUUAUGGCGGAUUUCGUUCUCUUCCAGAUCGAGAUCGCAAAGAACUACGGGACGGUCGAGUGGCAUGAGGACCUCAAGGUGUGCCUUAUGCAGGCAGGCGUGGACGACAAAUCCGUGGUUUUCCUCUUCAACGACACCCAGAUCGUCAACGAGGGUAUGUUGGAAGACGUGAACAACAUCUUGAACUCGGGGGAUGUCCCUAACCUAUACGGGCCGGAGGAGAUGGACCGCAUUAUGACCGCUUGUAGGCCUAUCUGCGCCAAAAAGCGCAUCCCGGCCACCAAGCUAAACGUCUUCGGGCAGUACAUCAACCGCGUGCGGGCUAACAUCCACAUCGUCCUGUGCAUGUCGCCCCUGGGGGAAGCCUUCCGGACACGCCUCCGCAUGUUCCCCUCCAUUGUCAACUGUUGCACCAUUGACUGGUUCAUGGAAUGGCCCGACGAGGCUUUGAAAUCCGUGGCAACUCGCAGUCUCUCGGAGUCCAAACUGGAUCUAGGCGAGAAUGAGCGCAAGGUUGUCGAGAUGGUGAAGCAUGUGCAUCAGAGCGUGGCUAAGGAGUCCCUGGAGUUCUUGUCUUCCCUGAGGCGUUACAACUAUGUGACGCCGACGUCAUAUCUGGAGGUGCUGAGCACUUACAGGAAUGUCUUGACGAUGAAGAGGCUCGAAGUCGGCACCCUCAAGAACCGUCUGCAGGUGGGCUUGGACAAGAUCAUUUCGACACAGGAGCAGGUAGGGGGGCUGCAAGAGCAGCUCACAGCCAUGGAACCGGUGUUGAUCAAGACCCAAGCCGAGGUAGAAGUGAUGAUCGUGACCAUCAUGCAGGACAAGGAAGAGGCGGGAAAGACGCAGAAGACGGUUGAGGGUCAAGAGGCCGUCGCCCAGGAGAAGGCAGCGGCGACAAAGGCUAUCGCCGACGACGCUCAGAGAGAUCUCGACGAGGCAUUGCCGGCUCUCGAUGUGGCCGUGGCGUGCCUCAAGGACCUCAAAAAGAACGACAUCGACGAGGUUAAAAGCCUCGGAAAGCCUCCGUACGGUGUGAAGCUGACGAUGGAGGCGACCUGCAUCAUGUUCGGCAUCAAGCCUGACAAGAUCAACGACCCCGACAACCCUGGGAAAAAGAUCAACGACUGGUUCGGUGCUGCGAAAAAGACCCUCCUGUCCAACGCCAAUAAGCUUCUGCAAGACAUGCAGGAGUUUGACAAAGACAACAUUCCCGACAAGGUUAUCGCGGCAAUCGAUCCGUUUGUGGUUAACCCGGAUUUCGAGGCGAAGCAAAUCGAGAAGGCCUCUAAGGCUUGCACGGCCAUCUGUCUGUGGGUGCGGGCCAUGCACAAGUACAACAUGGUGGCCAAGCAAGUCGAGCCCAAGAGAAAGCUCCUGGCAGAGAAGCAGAUCGAACUGGACGUGACCAUGGCGGAGCUGGCCCAGGCGCAAUCUGUUUUGAAGGAAACUUUGGCCAAAGUGGCGGCGCUGGAGGCCCAAUUUGACGAGGCCAACACCAAGAAGGAAAAACUGGUGGCCGACGUGGAGGAGUGCAGGGCAAGGCUUGACCGCGCACAGAAGCUUAUCGGAGGGCUCGGUGGAGAGAAGGACCGAUGGACCGUGAGCGUGGCCCAGCUGACGAAGGACUACGAGAACCUGGUCGGGGACGUGUUAGUAUCGGCCGGCAUGAUCGCCUACUCGGGUCCAUUUACCCCCGACUUCCGGCAAAAGCUCGUCAAGGGCUGGCAGGAGAAGCUGGUAGAGCUUGACAUCCCGCACAGCGAUGGCUGCGACGUUCGUCUCACUCUUGCUGACCCCGUGCAGAUCCGAGGAUGGGCCAUUGUGGGGCUUCCCAGCGACGGGCAUUCAAUCGAAAACGGGAUCUUCAUGAGCCUUGCAAGGCGGUAUCCUUUGCUGAUCGACCCGCAGGGUCAAGCCAACCGCUACAUCAAGAACAUGGGCAAGGAUCCGAGCUUCUCCUUGAACGGUAUCGAUGUGAUUAAGCUCAGCGACAAGAACUUCUUGAGGACCCUCGAAAACGGCAUCCGAUUUGGGCGCUGGGUUCUCCUGGAAAACGUUCAGGAAGCCCUGGACGCGGCACUGGAGCCGCUGCUCCUCCAACAGAAGUUCAAGCAAGGGGGCACCGAAAUGAUCAAGGUGGGCGACUCCACCAUCCCGUGGAACGACCAGUUCCGAUUCUUCAUGACCACCAAGCUCAGCAACCCUCACUACCCCCCAGAGGUGUCUGUGAAGGUCAGCCUGCUCAACUUCGCCAUCACCUUCACUGGCCUCGAGGAUCAGCUGCUUGGAGUGGUGGUCGUCGAGGAGAUGCCGGAGAUGCAGGAGAAAAAGAACACCUUGGUGGUUGCAAACGCAAAAAUGAAGAAGGAGCUGCAGGAAAUCGAGAACCGCAUCCUGUUUUUGUUGAGCAAUUCCAAGGGGAAUAUCCUGGACGAUCACGAGCUGAUCGAAACGCUCGCCUCUUCAAAGAAAACGUCUACAGAAAUCACGCUCAAGGUGGCGGAAGCGGAGGUGACAGAGAAGGAGAUCGAUCUGAAUCGCGAGGGAUACCGACCGGUCGCAUACCGAGGCGCCAUCAUGUACUUCUGCGUGAGAGACUUCAACGUCGUCGACCCCAUGUACCAGUACUCCUUGCAGUGGUUCACCAACCUCUUCGUGCAGGGGAUUCGUCUGAGCGAAAAGAGCGACGUCUUGGAGGAGCGAUUAGAGGAGCUCAACAACUUCUUCACCUACUACGUCUACACCAACGUGUGCAGGAGCCUCUUCGAGAAGGAUAAGUUGCUGUUUUCCUUCCUCAUCACCGUCAGGGUUCUUCAGGGGGACAACUUGAUCGACGACAACGAGUGGUCUUUCCUUAUUUCGGGCAAGACCUACACGCCUGUGCAGGCCGGGGAAAACCCGGGCCCGGAUUGGAUCGACGCUCGCAUGUGGAGCGAAGUGCAAGCUUUGGCGGGACUGCCGGCGUUCGAGGGCCUGGCGGCAAGCUUCGCAGGACCCCUGCUUGAGGAUUUCAAGAGCAUGUACGAUCACAUGGAGCCUCAAACUCUUCCUUUCCCUGGAGAGUGGGAGGGAAAACUCAACCCCCUCCAAAGGCUGUGCAUGCUGCGCUGCGUUCGGGCUGACAAGAUGCCGGACGCUAUCCUUAGCUACGUCAUAAACAGCCUCGGAAAAGAGUUCGUCGAACCGCCGCCGUUUGACCUGGAGUCGUGCUUCCAGGACUCCACGGUUCUCACCCCGCUCAUCUUCGUGCUGUCCAAGGGGUCGGACCCUACGAAGGCAUUCUACCAGUUUGCGGCCCAGAUGCGAUUCGAUAAGAAGGUCAAGGGCCUGAGUCUGGGACAGGGACAGGGCCUGAAGGCCACCAGGCUGAUCGAGGAGGCUAGCCAAAAGGGGACGUGGGUGUACCUCCAGAAUUGCCAUUUGUAUAUAUCUUGGCUGGCGGAGCUGGAGCGGAUGUGCGAGGAGCUCAGUCCAGAGACGGUGCACAAGGACUUCCGCCUGUGGCUCACGAGCAUGCCGUGCAAGGAGUUCCCGGUGUCCAUCCUGCAGAAUGGGGUCAAGAUGACCAAUGAACCGCCCAAGGGUUUGAAGGCGAACCUGAAGAGUGCCUACUACAAGUUGGACAACAACAAGCUGAGCGUCACUGCCAGCCCCACCGUGUACAAGAAGCUUCUCUUCGCACUUUGCUUCUUCCACGCAAGCGUUCAGGAGAGACGGAAAUUCGGACCAUUGGGAUGGAACGUACCUUACGAGUUUAACGACACCGAUCUCGAUAUUAGCAAGGGGCAGCUCGAGAUCUUCCUCGACAGCUACGAGGAGGUGCCGUAUCGGGUGCUGAACUUCCUGACAAGCUACAUCAACUACGGGGGGAGGGUGACGGACUACAUCGACCUGAGGACGAUAGACGUUAUAAUGCGGACCUUCUACACACCUCGGGUUCUUGAUUCGGACUACUCUUUCGACGAGGACGGCAUCUACCCGAGCAUCAACUACAACCCAGACGAUCCACACCGCAGCUACAUGGAGAACAUCGAGGCAAUGCCCAUGACGGCGGGGCCUGGGGUGUUCGGCCUGCACGAGAACGCAAAUAUUGCCUGCGCCUUAGCGGAAACGUUCGUGAUAUUUGACACGGUCCUCCUGAUGGAGUCCGGUGGAGGUGGAGGAGGAGGAGCGGGAGGAGAGGCUGCGCUUUGGGCGGAGGCGAAGUCUAUCGAGGACCAACUCACCGAGAAGGGGGGCCAAUUCGACAUCGAGGCCAUCACUAUGCAAUAUCCUGUCGUCUAUGAGGAAAGCAUGAACACGGUACUGGUACAAGAAUGCAUCCGAUAUAACAAGCUUAUCGACGUCAUGGAACAGUCCCUGCCUGAGCUUCAGAAGGCCUUAAAGGGACUGGUAGUCAUGUCUGGGGAGUUGGAAGCCGUCGGGAAGGCGAUCGCUCUCAACGCUGUGCCAGAAAGCUGGGAAGCGAAGGCAUACCCUUCGAUGAAGCCACUUUCUGCUUGGGUAGCGGACGUCAUGUGCCGAAUAGACUUCAUCCGCGACUGGAUCGACAAGGGCAUCCCUGCCGUUUUCUGGAUCUCCGGCUUUUAUUUCCCCCAGGCGUUUUUGACGGGAACGCUGCAGAACUUCGCCCGGCGGAUGAAGUUCGCCAUUGACACCGUGCAGUUUAACUUCCUCAUCGUGGAGACCCCGUGGGAAGAGCUUACCGAGAGACCACAGGAUGGUGCGUACAUCCGAGGUCUUUUCCUGGAGGGAGGAAGGUGGGACUCAGAAGUGGCUUCUCUCAACGACUCCCGACCGAAGCAACUCUACACCCCGCUCCCCGUCCUCCACCUCGACCCAGAGCAGCAUCGACGAAACCCAGACAAGGGGGUGUACCGGUGCCCGGUAUACAAGGUGCUGUCGAGACGAGGGACCCUUUCAACCACCGGGCACUCGACGAACUUCGUCAUGUGGAUAGACUUGCCCUCCAACCGCGCGGACUUUAUCAACAACGCCGGCAGUUCCGACCAGGAGACAUGGGUCAAAGCAGGAGUCGCGGCUUUCACCAGUCUCAAGUACUAA